UACGCAGUAAUCUAUGAAAUAUUCUCUGUAAUAAAACAGAAAUCAUCGGUAGAUGAUAAGAUGUUCAUGAAGGAUGCUCAGUAGUACGCUAGAAGGCAAAGCAUAAGGAUGGUCAGAGUUGGAUUGCUCCCGGUGUGUGCGAUUGUGUUAAGUGUUCUAGCACAGCUAUCUGCACAUGCGAAUGAUGACAAUACGUUCGCCGUGUUCCGGCAGAAGAGCUACUACUUUAGUGAUUCGUUCAAGCUGAACUGGUUCAAAGCGAUGGAGUACUGCAGAAAACGCGGAAUGUUUCUGCUCUCAGUGCGUAAUACCCAAGAGCGGGAAGCAGUGAUCGAGUACCUAGGCAGUUCGGGGUACACCAGCACACGCAAGACUGUGAUGUUUUGGACAUCUGCAAAUGAUCUAGGCGAGGAAGGGGAAUUCUAUUGGUCAACGACUGGCGAACAUGUAACGUACUCAAACUGGAGUCCUUCGGAGCCAAACAAUGCUAAAGUUGACGACUGCACUAACGAGGACUGUGCCGUCCUGGAGUAUUGGGCGGAUCGUGGCGCCGGCUACAAUUACACCUUAGACGAUCGCAGCUGCAUGCGAGAAUAUCAUUUUAUUUGCGAAACACUACCAGAGUAGGCAAUCGUUAUAGGUAUUGGAAGGGUUCUCCUAAAUUGUUUACUUAAAAAUAAAAUCACAAUGAACACCGAAGACUCUCAGGUUGCUCAAAUGUGGCUGGC